AUGUCGCCCUCCAGCACCCCAUCCCUGCGCACGCUCUACCGCCGCCUCCUCCGCGAACUGCCCCCGACGCCUCAACCGCGACACACGCUGCCGCGAACGCCCAUCCACGCCUCGAUCCGCUUGCACCUGUCGUCCCUCCAACCGCAGCAGCCGCAGAAGGAGAACAAAUCCGAGCAAUUGGCCCGACUGCAAGAACUAGAGCAGUUCGUCAUGUACCUGCGCGCGCAGCGUAUGUACGGCACGCUGCUGCAGCGGUAUAAUCCAGGCAUGGGCAUGGACGAGGAGGAGAGGGUGCGCUUAACGGCGCGCAGGGUCGGUAUGGAGAUGCCGAUUGAGUAUGAGUGGAAGAUGAAGCGUUGA